AUGAUACCAACAGCUAUAGUCGCUUUUACAAUCAUUGUAAUUAUAUUUUACAUUUUUCGUAAACGAAAUCAAAUAAAACCACGUCAAACAUAUGCCGUUGAAAUUGACCAAUUUGAGAAUAUUUAUGUUAAUUUCGAUUGUGUUAAUGAAGGUUUAAAAGAUUACAGGACACUAAAUGUUCAAACAGUCUACGAGGUAAUUAAACAUGGUGUUAGUUUAAGUGCAAAAAAACCAUUAUUUUGUUAUCGAACAUCAUCUGAUGAUCAGUUUCAAAACUAUACGUACGAGCAAGUAUUUAAUACUAUGCAUGAAGUCGGUAGUGGAAUAAUUCAUUUAGGAUUUAAACCAUCGAAUGAUACAUUUAUUGGAAUUUAUGCUUCCACAAAUGUUCACUACGCUAUGUUUCUAUAUUCAUUAUGUUCGUUUUCAUUUGUAUCCAUUGGAUUAUAUGAUUCAGUAGGCAAAGAUGGACUUAAUUUCAUUAUUGCACAUGCUGAAUUACAAAUUAUAUUUGCUGAUGAAUUAGAACGUGUUAGAAAAUUAUUAGAAUGGAAACAAAACGAUACAUGGACAUUAAAACUAAUUAUCAGUUUAUUAGAACCCACCGAUGAUUUGAGACAACUAGCAAAACAAAAACAAACUAAACUUAUUUCGUAUGAUCAAUUAGUUAAAUAUGGCCAGCAAAAUAGACAUGAACCCGUUCCACCAAAACCAAAUGAUACGGCAAUAGUCAUGUAUACAAGUGGCUCAACAGGAGAACCAAAAGGGUGUGUAAUUACUCAUGAGCAGAUAAUAUGUUCAGUGGUUGGAAUGAGUACAGCAGCAGGCAUAAUAUCUUUAACGGGUGAUAAAGUGCCACGUGUAUUAAAUUUUAUGCCUCUUGCUCAUCUGUUUGGAUAUAUGACUUGUAUAUGUGUCACGUUUGUAGGAGGUACGAUUGGAUUUUGGCAAGGAAGUGUUGUCAAAUUAAUGGAUGAUUUCCGCGAUUUUAAACCAACAAUUUUGCCAAUAGUACCUCGUUUACUUAACAAAUUAUAUGAUAAAGUGAUGAGUGAAACAACAAAGAAAGGUUUUCUUACCAGAGCACUUGUACAGUUAGCCAUCAGAAGAAAACUUGCUGAAAUUCGUCGCAACAAUUUAAAACAAAACACCAUUUGGGAUUAUUUAGUGUUUAACAAAAUCAGAAAAAACUUUGGAGGUCAAGUUGAUCGUGUUGUUUGUGGAAGUGCGCCAUUAUUAUCUGAUGUGGCUGAUUUUACUCGAGCAAUGUUUUCCUGUAUUUUUAUUGAGGCAUAUGGACAAACAGAAUGCAUAGUAGGUUGUUGGCAGACAGCAAAAGAUGUUCCAGGGUAUUCCGAUAUAGGCAUACCGACGACGGUUAAUUAUCUUAAACUUAUUGAUGUACAUGAAAAACAAUAUUAUACCAAAAAUGGAGUGGGUGAAAUAUGUAUUAAAAGUGGAGCUGUAUUUAAAUGCUACCUAAAAGAUGAAGAACAAACACGAAAAACUAUUGAUGAACAAGGUUGGCUUCACACAGGGGAUAUUGGUGAAUGGACUAAAAAUAAUAGACUGAAAAUAGUUGAUCGUAAAAAGAAUAUAUUGAAAUUAUCUCAAGGUGAAUAUAUAGCACCUGAAAAAAUCGAAAAUGUUUAUUCAAGAUCUUCGUUCGUUAAUCAAAUUUAUAUAUAUGGAAAUUCUUAUCAAAAUUUUCCAGUUGCACUUGUAGUUUUAGAUGAUGAUUAUGUUCAAAAAUGGAUCAAAGACAAAAAUAUUAUUAAUGUAAAUCUUCAUAAUGAAUUAAUUAAAAAUGCUAUUUUAAAAGAAUUACAUGAAAGAGGAAAAAUGAAUGAUUUAAUGUCGUAUGAACAAGUAAAAAACAUUGCUGUUAUUAG